ACGCCGGCCUCCUCCCACCCGGGGCGUGUCCUCGGUCUUCCGCCGGCGAAGGGCGGCCGCGGCGCGGAGGCGUCUGCGGGCGCGCUGCUGCCGCUUCCCCUGCUCCUGCUGCCGUGCGCCUCUCCCGCCCCCUCGUCGUCGCCCGCUCUGCCCGAGCUGCAGGCGGCAAGAUGGCGGCGCCCAGGCCGCCCCCCGCCCGGCUGUCCGGCGUCAUGGUGCCCGCGCCCAUCCAGGACCUGGAGGCUCUCCGCGCGCUGACGGCGCUCUUCAAAGAGCAGCGGAAUCGAGAAACAGCGCCCAGGACUAUCUUCCAAAGAGUCCUGGAUAUCUUAAAGAAGUCUUCUCAUGCUGUUGAGCUGGCCUGCAGAGAUCCGUCCCAAGUGGAGCAUCUGGCUUCCAGUCUGCAGUUAAUAACAGAAUGCUUCAGAUGUCUCCGAAAUGCUUGCAUAGAGUGUUCUGUGAACCAAAAUUCAAUCAGGAACUUGGAUACAAUUGGUGUGGCUGUUGACUUGAUUCUUCUCUUCCGUGAGCUUCGAGUGGAGCAGGAAGCCCUCUUGACAGCUUUCCGCUGUGGCCUGCAGUUUGUAGGCAACAUUGCCUCUCGGAAUGAAGAGUCCCAGUCUAUUGUUUGGGUGCAUGCUUUCCCAGAACUCUUCUUGUCUUGCUUAAAUCAUCCAGACAAAAAAAUCGUUGCCUACUCAUCAAUGAUUUUGUUCACAUCACUUAAUUCUGAAAGAAUGAAAGAACUGGAAGAAAACCUCAAUAUUGCAAUUAAUGUCAUAGAAGCUCACCAAAAGCAGCCUGAGUCAGAAUGGCCGUUCUUGAUUAUUACAGAUCAUUUUCUGAAAAGCCCGGAAUUGGUAAAAGCCAUGUAUGCCAAAAUGAGCAAUCAAGAAAGGGAGGCACUGGCUACAAUCAGGCUCCUUGAUGUCCUGUGUGAGAUGACUGCUAAUACCGAUUUGCUCAGCUAUCUGCAGGUUUUUCCUGGUUUGCUGGAAAGAGUGAUUGACCUUUUACGACUGAUUCACGUAGCUGGCAAUGACACCACAAAUGUCUUCAGCACCUGUGGGUGCCUAAAAGGGGAAGGUGACGUCUCCAACAUGGCCGAGGGGUUUAAGUCUCAUCUCAUUCGUCUGAUUGGAAAUCUGUGUUACAAGAAUAAAGAUAACCAAGACAAGGUAAAUGAACUGGAUGGCAUUCCCUUGAUCCUGGACAGCUGCAGCAUCGAUGACAGUAACCCCUUUCUGACCCAGUGGGCAGUGUAUGCCAUCCGAAACCUCACGGAAGACAACAGCCAGAAUCAAGACCUGAUCGCAGAGAUGGAGGCGCAGGGGCUGGCAGACGCGUCCCUCCUUAAGAAAAUGGGUUUUGAAGUUGAAAAGAGGGGUGACAAGCUGAUUCUGAAGCCUACUGGGGACACCCCUCAGCUGUGAAUGAACACUCUCCAUCCAAAUAUCUGAAAUCCUGGAAUCUGUUUCGUGGGUUUUUCAUCCUCUGCAGUGUGUGAAAUCGCAAGUGUUUAAAGAUUUUUUAGUUACAAAUCCAGGAACACAUGGAACCUUUUAGGUUAUAGCGUUAAAUGAAUAAGCUUAAAAGUGAAAGUACAUGAGUUUUCUGUUGUUUCUUUGCUUUAAAAAUGUGACCGUCUGUCUGGUUUGCCUCUGUCCUCAUGAUACAAUGUGCAUUUACAUGUAACAUAUUGUACUCACUGGCAGCAAAUAAAUCCUCUCAGUUGAGGGCACAUCCCUCACUUGGCGAAAACUUGGAA